AAAAUUCCCGCUUUGCAAAGCACAGACGGGGACGCUCCGCUGAGCCUCGGUAAGAGCACGCUGGAGCAAAACAACGCCAAGGGCGCCUGGGUGACCUUGAGCCAGAGCACGGUGGUGCUAGGCGCAGAUGGCAACACUUCUGUUCUCCCCGGCAGAGUGGAGGGGGUGACCGUGCCCGAAGACGAUGUGGGGGAUGAAAAUAAAGCCCGAGGGAACUGGUCUAGCAAGCUGGAUUUCAUCCUCUCCAUGGUGGGUUAUGCAGUGGGGCUGGGCAAUGUCUGGAGGUUCCCGUACCUGGCCUUUAAGAAUGGGGGAGGUGCGUUUCUCAUCCCCUAUUUGAUGAUGUUGGCUCUAGCUGGGAUCCCCAUUUUCUUCCUGGAAGUCUCCCUGGGGCAGUUUGCUAGUCAGGGCCCCGUGUCGGUGUGGAAAGCCAUCCCCGCCCUGCAAGGCUGCGGCAUCGCCAUGCUGAUCAUCUCGGUGCUGAUCGCCAUUUACUACAACAUCAUCCUCUGCUACACCCUCUUCUACCUGUUCGCCUCCUUCGUGCCCGUGCUGCCCUGGGCUUCCUGUAACAACCCCUGGAACACGCCAGACUGUAAAGAUAAAAACAAACUUUUGCUAGAUUCCUGCAUUAUUGGCGACCACCCAAAAAUACAAAUCAAGAACUCUACUUUCUGUAUGAGUGCCUAUCCAAAUCUAACCAUGGUUAACUUCACCAGGGAAGGAAACAAAACGUUUGUCAGCGGGAGUGAAGAAUACUUCAAGUACUUUGUAUUGAAGAUUUCAGCUGGGAUUGAAUAUCCUGGUGAGAUUAGAUGGCCCUUGGCAUUAUCUCUUUUCCUGGCUUGGGUGAUUGUUUAUGCCUCCCUUGCUAAAGGAAUCAAGUCAUCAGGAAAAGUUGUGUACUUCACAGCCACAUUCCCCUACGUGGUUCUCAUCAUCCUGCUGAUAAGAGGGGUGACUCUGCCUGGAGCUGGAGAUGGCAUCUGGUACUUCAUCACACCCAAGUGGGAGAAGCUGAUUGAUGCUAUGGUUUGGAAGGAUGCUGCCACUCAGAUUUUCUUCUCCUUAUCUGCAGCCUGGGGAGGUCUAAUCACCCUCUCUUCCUACAACAAAUUCCAUAAUAACUGCUACAGGGACACACUGAUAGUGACGUGUACCAACAGUGCCACGAGUAUCUUUGCAGGCUUUGUCAUCUUCUCAGUUAUUGGCUUCAUGGCAAACGAGCUCAAAGUGAAUAUUGAAGCUGUGGCAGACCAAGGUCCUGGGAUUGCUUUUGUGGUUUACCCAGAAGCCUUAACUAGGCUGCCCCUCUCUCCCUUCUGGGCCAUAAUAUUCUUUUUGAUGCUUCUAACUCUUGGAUUAGACACCAUGUUUGCCACCAUCGAGACCAUCGUGACCUCGGUGUCGGACGAGUUCCCCAAGUACCUGCGCACGCACAAGGCUCUGUUCACUCUGGGCUGCUGCGUGUCCUUCUUCAUCAUGGGCUUUCCCAUGAUCACUCAGGGUGGAAUGUACAUGUUGCAGCUUGUGGACACUUAUGCAGCCUCUUACUCUCUUGUCAUUAUUGCCAUCUUUGAGCUUGUUGGAGUUUCCUACAUCUACGGAUUGCAAAGAUUUUGUGAAGAUAUAGAAAUGAUGAUUGGAUUCCAGCCAAGUAAAUUCUGGAGAGUCUGUUGGGCAUUUGUGACCCCAACUAUUUUAACAUUUAUCCUCUGCUUCAGUUUUUACCAGUGGGAACCCAUGACUUAUGGAGCUUACCACUACCCAGGCUGGUCCAUGGUGCUCGGCUGGCUGAUGCUGGCCUGCUCAGUCAUCUGGAUCCCAGUGAUGUUUGUGAUAAAAAUGCAUCUAGCCCCAGGAAAAUUUAUUGAGAGGCUCAAGCUGGUGUGCUCCCCCCAGCCCGACUGGGGCCCCUUCCUGGCCAAGCACCGCGGCGAACGGUACAGGAACAUGAUUGAUCCGCUGGGAACCUCCUCCCUGGGGCUGAAACUGCCAGUGAAGGAUAUGGAACUGGGGACCCAAUGCUAA